AUGGCGGGGCAAGUGGCUGGUUUGUUCCCCUUUCUCUUCAUAUCAAUAGAAGCUGUUUUCGAAUUAUCAACACUACAGUUUUCCGAUGAUACUUCGUAUUGGCGCCAGAAUUCAUACUACAUCGCCUUUCAAAACCAUCGGGCUGGCUUCAUUCUGUCGGGGGAUAAUAUCCACGUAGAUGGAUACAAUAGCGGAGGCAUCAAUGGCAACGGAGAUGUUUGGUACGAUGAAGACAAGGGCAAAUCAACAGAAGGGCGUCCCAUGCCAUUUGUGCUAUGGAAUAUCACGGAUUCUUCUGUGGACAAUUUUUUUGUCAAGCAGCCACAGUUUUGGGCUAUCAAUAUUAUGAACGGCACCAACCUGUCGUUUGAAAACAUCACCAGUAGCGCAGUCUCAAAUAACGCACCAGCGGGAUCUAAUUGGGUUCAAAAUGCUGAUGGGUUUAAUACAAUGGAUGCACACAACAUAACUCUGAAGAACUUCUUAUACCAAGGCGGUGACGACUGCGUCGCUAUUAAACCGCGUUCUUUCGAUAUAACCAUUGACGGCAUUACCUGCGAAGGAGGCAAUGGUAUCGCAAUAGGUAGUCUUGGUCAAUAUCUUGAGGACAACUCGGUUGAAAACGUCACAAUAAACAAUGCUAAGAUGGUUCGGUCUGGCUUUCCUAUGCGAUGGUGUGUCUAUAUUAAGACCUGGAUGGGCGACCUUGUUCCACAGACAUCCUACGAAAGCGAAGGCCAACCACGCGGUGGCGGCUGGGGCAAAGUAAGAAACUUGCUUUUCUCCAACUUUGAACUCGUUGGUGUGGAGCGUGGUCCAUACAUUACCCAGGACAACGGCGGCAACGCCGAGAAUAAAGGUACGAGCAAGAUGGAAAUAUCCGACAUUACGUUCCGUGGCUUCACGGGGACGCUUAGUAGCACCAUUGCUCCUGGCUACUACCAAGCUGCCAUCGGUGCAGUUUGCGAUGCAUAUGAUCCAUCCGAGAUCAGCACGCGGCCAGAGCAUUCAGCUCCAUUCCCCAUCCCAAGCAUCUUUAAAGGGUAUCCUAGACUACACAUCUCAAUCCAGAAGAAGACCUGA